AUGAACGACUAAAUUAGUAUUAAAAAAAAAGCGCUCGAUGUAGGGAUCGAACCUACGACCUUGCGGUUAACAGCCGCAUGCUCUAACCAGCUGAGCUAAUCGAGCGUUUCAAUAUUAUAUUUGCUUAACGCUCGAUGUAGGGAUCGAACCUACGACCUUGCGGUUAACAGCCGCAUGCUCUAACCAGCUGAGCUAAUCGAGCUACAUGUAAAAUUUAAAAUAAAUUUAUAUGAUUUUCAGACUGACUACUGA